UUACGCAAUACACUGUACAGUAUCAUGUAACCCAUGCAUAUCUAUAUUAAAUUUUUCCCUCAACGUCUGUAUAGCUGCAUUUAAUUUAAUUUAAUUGCUCAUAACUUUUGCAAUUAUCAUUCUUAAGGUUAUUAAAAAAUACCUCCCAAUUAUGUUUAAAAUCUUAGGUGAAAUUUUUUGCCUGAAUUUCAACGCUGAAAUUUAGUCGUUCAAAAAACACUGUCACUGAGGCGCUGGCAACCAUGACGCCUGUAACCCGGCAACUCAACUUACAGGCAUCAACGUGCAAAAAAUACUUAACCUCAAACAUGAAGAAACCGUAACAAAUCCACCUGGUACGUUUUGCGUAAAUGGCGUAAAGUCGGUUAUGCAUAUCAUCAUCGCGCUCUGAAAAGGAUACAGCUAGAUUUAUCUGAGAAGUUCAAUUGCGGAGAUGAGUCGACGGUGCACGUGAUCGUUGCGGACUAUUUGAACCGUCUAAUACAAUGUUAAUAUAUGAUCUGUAAAGUAUGCUGCCUGUACUGUUAUAAGUUGUCUGGGACGUACUUCAAAAACUGUUGAUCCUCCCGGUACAGAAUUUGCUUUGUAAUACUGCGGUAAAACAUGCGUUGCUUACAAUCAACCUUAAGUUUUGAAGCACAAAAAUGUUGCCAAAAUUUGUUCUGUUCGUAUCUUGCAGACAGUCGCACUAGUUUCUUUUUCCUCCAGAAUGACUGAUUGGUUUCAUAAUCCUGAUUUUUUACGGAUAUAUCACUCCGCGGACAAGGAAUGGCCCGGCUUUGAAGUUCCUGACGCAUACCUGAGGCCCCGCAGUUUUAUUCCAGCCGUGGUUGAAGCAAAUACGCGCGCGUCAAAAUGAGUGAGCUCACCAUGGAAGAAAAAGUAUAUCUUAUUGAGUGCUUUUUCUCGAGAGGAAAAAUAUAUAGUAAUGCGUAUAGAGGGUUUCGUACUAAGUUUGAAACUCAUAGAGUUGCCAGUGAAAACACUCUGAAAAGGAUAAUCGAUAACUUUGUGGAGUAUGGUACACUCCAGGACCGUAGACACGAGUUGCCAGGUCCAUCUGUUACAGUGACUACACCAGAGAAGAUCAACGAAAUUGAGAAUUAUUUCAAAUAAAAUCCAAAUGAUUAGAUUCGAAAAGCAGUUCAACCAUUAAAAAUAACCAAAUCAUCAUUACACAACAUUUUAAAAUAUUUUUUAAAGUUACAUCUAUAUAAAAUAAGCACUCAUCAAUUGUUAACUGAACAUGCCAUGACGAAACGCAUUGAAUUUUAUAACACUAUUACAGGAAUGUUUGAAGCCGAAGAACUUAAUGAGGAAUUGAUUAUUUAUUGCGAUGAAGCACAUUUUUGGAUAAAUGGGUACGUAAACAAGCAAAAGUACCGGUUUUGGGGAACGCAAAAUCCCAACAUAUCGCUAGCGAAGUCCUUUCAUCCACGGAAAGUAACGGCAUGGGCAGCAAUUUCGGUAAAAGGAAUUUAUUUGCAAUUCUUGGAAUCUACGGUAACAGCAGAAAGUUGCAAACAGCUUUUGGAAACGAAAUUCUUUCCUUAUGCAAAAAAGAGGGGACUGGUUAAAAAUUUUUACUUCAUGCAAGAUGGAGCGACGCUGUACUGGACUCAUGAGGUGUUUGAAGCUAUUCAUCGCGUAUAUGGGAAUCGAGUAAUCAGUCUGGGGUACCCUAAAUUUGCUCAAGGCAGACUAGAAUGGCCUCCGUACUCACCAGACCUGGACCCUUGUGAUUUUUUCUUGUGGGAUAAUGAAAAUGCAUCUUUACCUCUACUAAUUUCAGAAGUAUACCGCCUGAUACCUUACAUUGGGUCGGAAUAUGUACAUUUUCACCCAAAAAAUAUGCCUGAUGUUAAGAUAGAUAAAAUUGAAAUUAUUGGCAUUGUCACAGACAAGAUAGAACUGCAAAAAUACAUCUCAUAUACUGUGGAUGACAGCACUGGCACAGUUCCGGUAUUAUGUCCAAAGAAACCAGUAAAUGAAGAUGAGUCAACAGAUUCUCAAGAGUCAAGUGAUGAUGAGUCUUUUGCCCAUAAGGAGAAAAAACUUGAGCUGAAACCUCCAUUUGGACUUGCGCCUAGCGCACCAUAUUCUUAUCAGACUCAUAUUCAAAGCUUAUGGUUUCAAGCAAGAGGUAAAGAAUUCUGUUACGAUGAAGUUCUGUUAUACGACUAUGUGCAUGUCAUUGGGUUUUGUGCCAUGGAUAUCCGACAUCAAAAGAAUGUUAGCAAGCUUACUAAUGAUGAUAUAGAACUUGGCAGGUUAUUUAUGUUUGGAAUGAAUCUGAGAAAAAUAAGUGAAGCAGAUCACAAUGCUAUGACAAAAAGCUUGAUAACUCGUGUCGCCAGACAACGAUACGUCAAGCCUAAAGUUGAGUAAAAUGUGAUGAUCGUCUGUGAUACGUGUGAAAUUUGGAAGCCCUGAAAUUGUUUGGUCGAAGAAAUCUUUUUUUUGUUACGUUUAUUUUUAAAGAAUAAAAUUUAUACAAUCACUUGACUAUUUACAACGCUAUUUAUAAUAUUUUAUUUUGAAUCGAUUACCUGAGUUAAGUGAAGUAGUUUGAAAUUAUGGUAUUGUGUUACAGUUUGGGUGCCAUAACGGAUUUAUAAAAUAUGACUUUUCACGUCAGCUAGACCUGCUUUUUGCUGUUAUUGUUGAAUCUAGGGCCCCAAUUUCUCAUGAAUAAACCUGUAAGAAACUCGUGUACAUUUCAAAAACACAUGUUACAAUGUGCUAAUUUUAUAAUAUGCAAAUAUAUUUUCAAUAAAGAUUUAUAAAUACAUCUGAAAAAUAGAAUCAGCAGAGUAUAAUUUAGCUAGGAAAAGGAUACAAAAACUGCGUGUACAGUUUUCAAUGUGCAGUAGAUCAAAUGCUAAAGAAAACAGCAUUCUGCAAUCAUCCGCUCGGUUCACAUUACACUUACAUUCGACGAGUGAAUCAGUGCCAAAAACUAGAAUUACUUGCAAGCCUACAUGUGUGAUUAAAAUUUUGUUAGGCAGAUCUGCAUAGGGUUAGCGGUGUGCAUAAAUUUUUAGGUAAGCAGCUUGGGAUUGGUCUCAAAGAAUGUGUGUGGAAUACUCGAUUACAAAUAAAGGGGGUGUACCGUUUGG